AUGCCACUAUUAGACGAGAUAGGUUGCGUGCCGACUAAAAAAUACUAUUUGGUCGAUAAACGCGUUGGGAUCAUCGGGACCGGUGCUACGGCCGUCCAAAUCACACCACGUCUCAGCAAGUGGGCAAAGGAGCUGUUUGCGCUUCAACAGACCCCUUCAUCCAUCAACGUGUGCAACAGCAAGCCUACUGAUGCAGAGUGGGUGCACUCUCUCCGCAAGGGUCAGCAGAGAAAACAUAUGAAUAACUUCAAUAUUCUUGUUUACGGAGGCAAGCAGAACGAGGACAUGAUUCAGGAUGGUUGGACCAAUAUCUUCAAACGUGGUACUAUGAAUGCCGCCAACGACUAUAGUGGCGAUGAUUCUCCUGGCCUCGACGCACAAGCAAAACUUGCCGGCUUCCGAAUGAUGGAAGCCAAUCGCUUCCAGAUUACCCAAGUCGUUCGGGGCCCCGAAAUCGCAGAGAAGCUCAAGCCAUGGCAUAAUCAACUCUGCAAACGACUAUGUUUCCAUGACGAAUAUCUCAAGACUUUGAACCUUCCCAAUGCCCGGCUUAUCGACACAAUGGGUAAAGGGAUAUCCAAAGUCUCCAAGGGCGGCAUCGUAGCAAACGGCAAGGGAUACCCACUCGAAUGCAUCAUUUACGCCAUAGGCUUUAAUCUGGCGUCUAUUUGGACCGAACGGUCCAGCAUCGAGGUGUACGGACGAGGGUGGUGUACUCUUACUGAAAAGUGGAGCAGCAUUCAGUCCUAA